AUGCUGGUGAUCACCAAAGCUGCGACCGCUCUCGAGAUUGUUCGGCACAAGUGGGGACCGGAGAAGGAAGACAACGCACAAGAAAUAGUCAAGCAUGGCAUUUCUUUCGUGAUGCUGUGGCCAUUGUCCGCGACAUGCCAGCUUGUCAAACCACCUCCCAUUGGCGGGUGGCAAGGGCUUGGAUUCAGAGAACUAGGCUAUCAAUCAGAGGUUCUCGACUACAUGCUUUAUUUGGAGCGCUGCCGCGCUGUACUGCGUCAUCCAAAUAUUCGCUUAGCCUUUGGAAGAGGUGGUAUCAUAUGGCGCCUGGCGUACGAAGAGAUGGACCUGAGCAGAGUGUCGUUUGGAUCUUCCGAGGAAUCUGACGAGAAGGUGGUCCACUGGCUCAAAGGUGUUGCGUACGAGGAUGCCACCCUUUCCGAAGACAACUUGAAUCACAUCUGCAGUAUUUAUCGCGUAUAUGCCAAUUCCACUCAUACUUUUGCGUCGGAAAGCUCCUGGUGGCCGAAGAACUCGACUUGGAGAGAGAGCGGGAUGCAUGUUGGGUACUGGACAAAGAUGAACGAAGAAUGGUUUGUGCAUUGUCAGAACUAUCUGCAGCAAGGCAUACAUGAAGGAAAUAAGAGUAAACUAGACCUCAAAAAUGCCAAAGCUUGGAGUCAGGCCCUCCGAUACGAGUCGAACAAGCAAUGGGACUUCCUAUGA